AUGCACCGGCCCAAUGGCCAGAAGCCCAAGGAGAGGCCAGCCCCGACUGGAAAUCAGCUGGUCACCUUCGAUGCCCAGCUGGCGAAGCAGCAGGAGGAGGCGCAGCUCGCAAAGGAGCGCCCCAAGAAGAACGAGUACCUGGAUGUUUACACCGGCCCGAAGGUGAAGUGGGAAGACACGGGCCUGUAUAAGGCCCUUGUCAAGUCCCAGGACAUCGAGGAAGAGCUUACGAAGAUCCGGAAUCUGAUCCGCAAACGAACAGAUCCCGGCUACGAGCCGAACGAUGAGGAGGACUUCAAGGUGGCACCCAUCCGGAAGUUCGACUCGAAGAAUGACUACUACAGGCUGCUAGAGGUGGAUGACUUCGCAUCGGUCAAGGACAUCAAGGGUGCCUACAAGCGCCUGGCCCUCCAGUACCACCCGGACAAGAACAGGGACAAGAAGCCCGACAAGCUACGGGAGAUGCAGGACGAGUUCGAGAAGAUCCAGGAGGCCUACGAGAUCCUCUCAGAUCGCGCCACGCGGCGGCAGUACGACCGCGCCCGCUUCGACGAGGCAAGAGCCAAGUCCCAGGGGAUGAACUCCUCCUUCUACUCGCAGAAGACGAACAGUGACUCGAACUUCUGGGGUCGCUGGUCCGGGAAGAAGGAGGGCCGAAGCGAAGGUGUCAACGCGCAGGAGGUUCAGAACUUGCUGAAGUCCAAGGCUCCGAAGCUGCCGAAGGCCGCGGCCCUCCGCUUUGAGAUCAAGAUCUCCCUGGAGAAGGCGCUGAGAGGUGGCUUGAAGAUCCGAGAGGUCAAGCGGGAUCGGAUGCAGCGAGCCUUCGGGGGGACGAAUCAGAACCUCAAGACCGUGAAUAUCAAGAUCGACCCGGGCCAGGCCGACGGGAGCGAGUACCGCUUGGAAGGAGAUGGCCAUUGGCCAAGCUUUAACACCACUCCAGGUGACUUGGUCGUGGUCUUCAGGCAUAAGCCGCAUGCAUUUCUCCGGCAGUCCAACAAAGAGACCGGUGCUCUACAGCUAGCGAUGCCGCUGACGGUCCGUGCAAAGGCCACGGACCCGGUUCUGUCUGCGUGGUCGCCGACGUUCAAAGGAAGUAUGGUGUUAAUACGAUUCCAGAACCCUUUGCUGAAGCUGGCGCCGAACAAGGCGUGCAAUGUCACUUUUGUGAUCGAUGGUGAGGGUUUGCCGGUGCCCGGAGAACUCACUCGUCGUGGGCCCCUUGGUGUGACGGUCCAUGUACAGUUGGAUGGCAAUCCACUGGUGCCAUCAAUGAAUGCACCCUGCUGCAAGGAUGUCGUGGCGAAGCGACAUCUGAAGAAUUACAACCACCAAGCACACCUUAGGGUUAGCAUGUCAAACCCUCGUGCUGCUGGAUUCCCUGUGCGGAAGUUCGUAGCCGGAGAUGCCAAAGAGCGUGGGGGACUGCGCCUGGGGCUGGCCUCAGUGGCAGUCAUCUGGGAGUCGUCGCCGGGAACGGAUCCGGUUGCUUUCGGCAAAGCCGCGGCAGCCCUGGGCCAUCAUGCCCAGCUAAAUCCUCAAGGCUAUGGUUGGUGCUGCAACACCGGGCUCCUGAGACAGGCCCUGCCAAACGCAGGCCAUGUGGCUCUUGCCGACGAGGAGCUGGCGAGCGAGAGCGAGGACGAACGGGCGAAUGCAAAGACCCAGGAAGUUUUCAAGGCGAGCGCAGGACAGCUCACAAAGCAGAGGCGUGUCCGGAAGCCGCGGCCAGAGGUGGAGAGCUUUCUCCUUCGCUUCAACCUGGGCCCUCCGGAAGGAUUUCCAGACUCAGCGGACGAGGAGGAGCUGAGAUCCCCGGUGGAGCAAUCGCCAACCUUUGCUGGCCAGCCGGGCCAAGCGACCGCGGAGUUGAGGGUGGAAGGUGGGAAGGAGGGAGACGAAGAGGCGGAGCUGACCCGACUCAUACGGGAGAAGCAGAGCGAGCUGGACGCGGCGAAGCGAAGGUGGUCUGAGAGGAAGGAGCGCCAGCAGGGGGAGCGGGAGGAGGAGGAAGGCCUCCUCCGAGAUCUUCUGGAGAAGGACAAGAAGCGGGAGCUGGAGCGUGUCGAGCGCGAGAUGAAUGGGCUGCGCUCCACCUUCGAGUUUCAGCUACAAGCAGAAAAGAAGUGGGUGGAUGAGUUCAUCUCCACCAACAACUAUCAAAACCAGUGGGUUUGCGUGUUCAAGCCAGCAAUGGUGAUCCGGAAGAAGCCCGCAGAGGACGGGCCGAUUACUCGCCGGAUCAUGUGCGACGAGGUGAUUAAAGCCAAGGGCAAGGUCACGGAUGACUACUGGAUUCAGCUUGAAACUGAUGAGUGGGCCCUCACGUGGCACAAGGUCCAUGGCCAGCUGCUGCAGCGCUGGUUCGGGACUGAACAGCAGCGGUACCUGGAUCUCCAGGCCAAGAUCGAGGAGAGGCGCAAGGGCCGAAACGAGACUUUUGUGGCCUAUCGGAGGAAGAAGAAGGAGAUUGAGCAGUGGAGCAUCCCUCCGGGUCCGUCCGAGGAAGAGAAAUGCGAGCUGGAGGACGAAGAAGGAGAGCAGCUUCACUUCGUGAUGGAGCCGAUCGUGAAAGAGAUGAAAGACUACAAGAGGCGCCUCCGGGAGCUUCGCCAGAAGCGCUUCGAAGCCGAAGCCGAGCGGCAGCGUCGCGACGCUGGUGCAGAGGGUCUCGCGGCCGCGCCCCUGCCGGCGGGCUUCGAGGCGGCCCUGGGCAGCGAGGAGGCGCAGGCGGCGCAGGCGCCGGAAGCAAAGGCAGAGACCGAGACAGCCGAGCAACGGCCGUGGGAGGAGACAAAGCAAGCCGCAGACAAAGCCUUCAAAGACAAGGAAUGGAAUACGGCACUCUCACUCUACGGUCAGGCUCUGGAACUCGGUGGCGAUGCUUUAGAAUCCGCACAGCGUGCCACUUUGAUGUCAAAUCGGGCACUUGUGUUUGCCAAGCUCUUUGACUGGGCGAAGAGCCUGGAAGAUGCGGUGGACGCAACGAUCCAGGAGCCUGACUGGCCCAAGGCCCUCUGUUCAAACUGCUGGGUCUCGGGCUGGUCCGUAGAGUCGCAGAUGGCAGAAGCACCAUGCACAAGUUUGGAGCGGCAGGGUGGCGGGCUCGAACCAGGCGCACGUUUAGUUUUAAGGCCUCUCAAAGAGAGUUCGGAGAUGGUGUGCCUGGCAUCGUUCAAGUAUGUGCUCGAGAAGCCGCUUACCCUAAUGGGGUGCAGCAUCAUCCUCAGCUUGGUCGUGCCGAUCGUGGCGAGGCUCGCAGGGAACAAUGACCCUGAUGAGAACUCGAUUUCCCACGUCUUUGGGCAAGGGUCCAUUUGUGUGGCCAUGGAUUUCCCAGGUUGGGUGGAGGCUGCCACAGUCAUGUUCUUCAUCACGGGGCUCAUGCACGGCUAUGCCAUCUACAAGGUGUAUCGCCACUGCCAGAGCGAAUGGCAAGGGAAGUUUAGCAAGAGGUUCCUCCAGGCGGUUGCGGCCUUUGUAAUUUUGACCACGAACUGCUUCUGGCUGGUGGGCGUCUUUAGUCCGGUCCUUUCCCACCGUGUGGACACCGUCUUCGCACACAGCAUCCCCUACGUUGGCCUUCAGAUCGGCUUCUGGUGUUGGGCCAUCUUCCUCAUGGCCUUUGUGUACGUGUUCGGUGGGCUCUACGUGGGCUUGCAGGUUUUCCUGCUCGUGUUCAUUUUUUGGACCUUUGCUGAGCUGUCCCAACCCGGUGUCCAGCUGACUGGGGCUGACCGCUACAAAGGCCCGAUGCCUCGGGGUGCCAGCUGGAUUCCCCUGUCAGAGCCGGUGACCCUCUUCUGUCGCCUCUGCUUCUUCUUCCUGCAUCCACUGCGCGUGGAGUCGAAGGGCGAGGGCCAGGGCAAGGGCGAACAGGAAAAGGGCGAGGUUGAGAAGGACGGGAAAGAAGCUGCGGAGCUGCAGCCAUGA